AUGGAAAAUACUGCUAAGCAGAUUCAUUUGUCACGUGAAGAAGAAGACCAAAAUGAAGAAGAAAAAACUCGUAUUUUAGAAUUAAGAGCUCUAAAGGAGUCUACCUUAAGCCGUUAUACACCUGAAGUUAGGAAAUCAGUAGAUUUAAUAAUUGAUGAGGUGCUGUGUGAUACUAUAUUUAAUAUUCAUAAGGAAUUAAAAUUAGGAAUUCUUGAUCCAAGGCGGUUUGAUUCUAAUUACAGAAAAAGCACUCACACUUCAACCUUAGUAAAUAUGGCUGGACAUUUGAAUAUUACUAAGUCAACUCAGGAAGUUGAAUGUCCCAAAUGUUUUGUCUCGGUGAAGUGUCUUUUGUUAUCUAAACAUUUAGCAUUGUGUAUGAAUCCAGACCAAAGCACUUAUUCGUAUAGUAGUAGAAAUAGUUCUCGAAUAGCACGGCAGCGUAUACAAGAAGGUUUUAAGACCUCUUAUGACGAAUCAAAAAAUGAUGGUGACGAUGAACGAGUUAAACCGAAGAGACGUAGCAACAAAGGCAAAAAGACACAAUCAAAAGCGUAA